UUCACUGGACUAACCAGAUCUUCCCAGGACUCUGUGUGUGUGUGUUGAGCUGGACUUCAUCGUAAAACAAACGUUUGCUCGCUACUUUAGCCAGCGGCGUCGAAUAGUUUAAAUGACGGUGAAAGCGGAGUGUUUACGCGACCAACCGCUUCCUUUACGCGCGGAUUAUUUACACCAUCGUCGGUUUUACGAAGACGGAUUUUCUGCGACAGAAAUGAUCCAAAUCUCAAUCCGAAGAGGAUGAGUGUGGAGUUGGACAUGCGUUUGCUGAAUAUACUUAUUUAUACAUUCAACAACUCCUUCGUGUGGCUUUGGGAAUCGGGUUUUGGCAUGUUUCAUAUAAAUUGUCAUCAUCCGCCGUGGUGGAAAAACGGGAACACCAUCUCCAGAGGGCGAUUUCGGCCCAGCAGGUGUACGGAGAGAAGAGGGAUAAUAUGGUGAUUCCUGUCCCAGAGGCCGAAAGCAACAUCGCCUACUAUGACUCGCUCUACCCCGGAGACUUCAAGAUGCCAAAGCAGCUCAUUCACAUACAGCCUUUCAGUCUGGAUACGGAGCAGCCGGACUACGAUCUAGACUUGGAGGAUGAGGUUUUUGUGAAUAAGCUGAAGAAGAAGCUGGAGGUGGAGGCUCUGCAAUUCGAGGAGAUGAUUGACAGAUUGGAGAAAGGCAGCGGACAGCAGCUGGUGACUCUUCAGGAAGCAAAGCUUUUACUGAAGGAGGAUGACGAGCUGAUACGUGAGGUGUUUGAGUACUGGAGCAGGAAGAGGAAACUGUCAAAAUACGGAUCCCUCAUCCCAAAUAUUAGGCAGGAAAAGCGGGAUGGAUCCAGCACAAAUGAUCCCUACGUGGCCUUCAGGCGCAGGACGGAGAAGAUGCAGACGAGAAAGAACCGGAAGAAUGACGAGGCGUCCUAUGAGAAGAUGCUCAAAUUAAGAAGGGACUUGAGUAGAGCCGUCACCAUCCUGGAGAUGAUCAAGAAGCGAGAAAAGAGCAAACGAGAACUGCUUCACCUCACACUGGAGAUUGUGGAGAAGAGGAACACAGUGCCAGACUUUGGUUCGGAGGUGAUGGCAGAAGCACUAGCAAUGGCAAAACCUGUUUACAAGAUUCCCAUAAUACCCUUCUCCAACAGCAGUCAGUACCGCCAUCAGGACCACACUGACUUUAAAGAAUACAAGACCAAGCCUGAAAAGCCAGAGGUGGUGAGAACAAAGAGGAAGUACGAGAAAAAGCCCAAAAUCCUGCCUCUCUCUGCACCAUUGCAUACUGGACCUUCCCAUUUUAACCCUAAAGACCUCAACCAGUACGACUUCCCUAGCUCUGAUGACGAGCCCUUCUCGCAGAUACACUCCGGCUCAUCAGAGGCCGAGGAAGAGAACGAGCCCGAUGGAGCGUUUGCCUUCAGGCGGAAAGCAGGAUGUGUUUAUCACGCUGCCCGUCUGGAUCAGAGCGGCGACUGGCCCUGGUCUGGAGAAGCAGACGGAAGGUCAUGUGACCCACGCUUUCGGUACUCUCUCACCACUCUCACCAUUCCCCGCCGCUGUGUCGGCUUGGCACGGCGGCGGGUGGGACGAGGCGGCAGAUUUCAUCUGGACCGGGCCUAUUCGGAUUUGAACGGAUUAUUCCAAAGUCUGGACACGGAUUCGGAGCCGGACUUCUCUUUCCCUGCUUCUCCUCUCCAUACGGAAAGCACUUCUCAGAGCGUUACCUCAACCCACACGUCCUCUACGCUACAAACCUCUCCAUCUUCUUCCUCUCACGCUGCGUAUUCAGACCUGAGACAGAUCCUCCGCAGCAUCAGAGCAUGUCGCUGGAGGCACUUUAAACCACGGACACUGAGCAGCCGGUCGGGCACAGGAGAUGCUCAGUCUCGGAGAGCGAUUAAAGGGUUAAUUCGGGGAGGCGCGGGGCCGGGUGGCAGCACGAUGGGCAGGACAGCGGGAAUGGGACCACCUGCAGUAGCGUUCACAGCUGAGCAGUAUCAGCAGCAUCAAGAACAGCUGGCUCUUAUGCAGAAACAGCAGCUGGAGCAGAUUCAACAUCAGGCCAACAACAGCGCCUCCAGUCAGUCUCUCGUGUCUAAGACGCUGGACUCGGUCAGCGCUCAGUUUGCGGCCUCUGCACUCAUGACCUCUGACCAGCUACUGACCCUGAAGGUGAAAGAGGACGGCGCGGGAGGUGGAGUUAACGGAGUCAUUCAGGCUUCAGGAGUUUACAAGGGAUUGAGCAUCUCCUCCACUUCCUCUUCUUCGCUCAUCACUAGCCAAUCAGCAUCGACUGCUGCCCCGCCCACCUUCCUCUCCUCCUCUACCAACUCCAACACAAGCUCCACCCACUCAGUCCACACCCCUAUAGGUAACCAUGGCAACAGCACAGCUAACUCCACCUCUCAGGUCCUGAUCGGCAACAACCUUCGUCUCAGUGUCACUGCGCCAUCCAUCGCCAGUCUGAACGCCCGCCACCUUCCCAGAAGCCUCAGCAACGUGCCGCCCGCUGCCUUGAAGCUCGCCGCCAGCAACUGUCAGCUUCCCAAAGCCAAUGCUGGGGAGAAGCACGAGCAAGAGAAGCAGUCGCUCAACAGUUUAGCAGAAAACACAGUGGCCAUGGAGGUGACGUAGUGACCGUUUCCAGCCCAGUCCAGUCUUUUGGUGCUGUGCAUCAGUUAAGUUUGGGGAAGCAAAAGGACAGCGGGUUUCCACUUCAACUGUCUGAACAUGACUAAAAAUUCAUCUCUUCCUUUAUUUUCGGCCCCGUUUUUUUUCUUUCUUUUUUUUUUUUAACUAUACGUUGUUUCUGUUAAGAGAAAAGUGAUGUGUAAAUUAAGAAUGCGGCUAAUAUUCAAUGUACAGAAACUACAUAUUUGUAAAAGCCCACCCCCACCACCCUUGUAUAUACGCUACUUGAAUACAGAACUGUUGAGUUUGUGAUGGUUUGCACUUUGGGAAUCAAAAAGAGAUCGUGAAUGAGGGGAAGAAGUGUGUGUGAGUGAAAAUGUGAGGUCCGAUAUAAAAGUGAGUGUGUGUGUGUGAAUAGUCAUGUGCAUGGUGAGGAAACCUGCUGUUCUACCUAUUUAUUGUGCUGUGUUUACAAUUGUUUUGUUAUUUUCUUUCGUUUAUUAUUAUUUGUUUGAUUUCGUACACUGUUCCCCCUCAGUUGUUUCCUGUGGUGUUGUAAGUGUUUAGGUAGCUGCUGAUUCCCCGAAGUUUCACAUUUUCAUCUUCGAAUUGAACGUUAACGCCAUCAUGAUUUUUAUUUGUUUUCUUUUUGAUUUUAUUGAAUUAAUUUGGGCCGUUUUUGAUGCCCUUUAGGUUCAGGGGUUUAUGGGAGGGCAAAUUUAUGUGGGUGGUUUAUAGGAAUCUUCCAUUAUUAUCAUCCCAAAAAGACAAACAAGGGAUGAAGUCUUCACUUCGGAAGCUUCCGCGUCAACUAAGCACUAUUUUAUUUUGUCGUCGUUGAUUUGUUGCUGCUUUUUGUAUAAAUCGUUUUUUGUUUUCAUACAGUGGAAGCUGUUCGGUUUAUCCUCGUUUUAUUUCUUUGUACAACAGAGUUAUUUUUGUAUCUUGUUUGUGUUUGUUUUCUUGCGGUGAAGCGUUUAUUUUUUUGCACUUCGUUUAAAGGAAGACUUCAUUCUUUGUUGCUGAACGUCACGCGCAGCGACUGCGUUCAUCAUUCCGGUGUAAUGACAGAAUUUAAGACCAAGAAGGAACAAAAAUUGAGGUGGAUGCCAAACUAACAUCAUCUCCUUGGCCUUCUUCUCGAAACACGCAUUAAUCCAGCAGACUCUGGACUUCAAGGCCUGAAAAGAAAAAAAAAACACAAGUUAAAGGUUGUGCCUUCCUUUGGGAAUGUCCUGCUCAGUCUCUUCCAUGAAGAGGAUGCUCGUGGACAAGGCCGCAGUGCUGCGGUGCUCACUUGUCCCGAGCUCAGAUCUCCAAUGCCCUGGCUGAACUGAAUCAUCCUCCUCCUCCAGGGGUUUUCUAGUCUGAUCUGGACGGAGGCCAAAAAAGAAAAAAAAAUAUGGAAAAUAUGAAAAAGAAAAAAUACUAUUGAAUAAGUUUGGGGGGAAAAUAAACCGAUAUGUGACAAUUCAAACAUGAAUCAGACAAUAAAGCCCAGGUUAUUAUAUGUGAA